AUGAUAUCAACAGAUCAACUUGAAACAAUUCAUAAACUUAUAUUUCAAGAAAAAAGAACGAUUACCUACAAAUGGUUAAGUCGACAUUUAGGAUUAUCUACAAAUCAAGCAAAAAUGAUAUUAUCUGAAUUUAUCACUACAUCAAAUGUUUCUGGUAAUUCUAUACGCAUUAUCUAUUGUCUUUGUGGCCGCAUUAAGGACAAUGAACAACAAUCAGUUAUGCUAAUCUUGCAAGAUGAAUUAGAAGCAACUAAAAAAUUGUUUGAUGAGUUGACAAGUAUACAUGUUUACAGUAUUGGGAUAAAUUGUACACAAGAUGCAUCAGCUCUCAUUCAUGUAUAUGACAAUUUAAAAGAGACAUCUAAUUCAGUAACACUUGACGUUAAAAAAGAGAUAAAACAGGAAGAAAUAAAAGUUGUUGAAGUGAAAAAAACUUUGUCAUCUAAACAUUCUAACAUCUCUGAAAAAUCAUCAGAAAACUUUUUUAAAAAAAGAAAAGGGCUUCAUGAAGGUGAAAAAAAUGAAGGUAUAUAA